AUGUCAAUGAGAUCCGAUCCACUUCUUACUCGAUUUAUUGAUCCAAGCAAUCCAACCAACACCACGAAACCAUCAUCAACCAAUCCUACUCCCACUACCGCUACUACUACUACUACUAGUACUACUAACUUGUGUCUAAACCUGAACUCGAACCAAAAAAUAAACCAAUCUCUUCACAACCCAAUGAACAAUAUCACCAACUACUCCAACCCGAUCGCUUUUGCUCACCAUAACCCUUCUUCACAUCUUUAUUCGGUUCAUCUUUCUAGACCACUUCCUAUUACAUUCCAUCAUCCUAAUCCGUUGUGUAGAUCGGAUCUUCAUCAGGCUUGGAUUGAUGCUUUACCAAACGAAUUGUUGGUCGAGAUCUUCAAGUUGUUGCCUUCUUUGGAUGAAUCUCUCGAUCUGCUUUCAGUUUCAUUAGUUUGUCGAAAAUGGAGAGCUCCAGCCCAAUCGGUGUUAUGGAAAUACUUAAGAUUUCCUAAUGUAGAAUGUGUCACAUGUUUUGCAGAAGCAUCAAAACUUCGACCAGACUUAGCAAAACUAUCUCGAAGAUUAAACUUUUCGACUGACGAACCCGAAUAUUUAGCUUGUUUAGAUGCAGAUGCAGUUUUCACUUCAAUGGAAUCUUUAACCGGACUUGAAAGGUUUGAAGUCACUGUACCUUAUGCAAGUGGUGAAUUGUAUGAUUCAUUGUGUGAAGAAUUAUCAGCUGCUCCAAUUAAAGAAGUCUUGUUAUCUGCAGAAGAAGGGAUAGGUAGAAGACAUGUUCAAGCUUCAAUGAGGUUUCCUCAGAUCACUUACCUACAACUCGUUAGACUUGGUGAACUUGGUGAUCUAGAAACUUUGGCUGAGGAAUGGCCUUCUACUUCAAACUUGACUGAAUUAGUCUUAGUGAAUCCUGAUUUACCUGGUGAAGAUUUGAACUUUCUUUUGAGUUAUACAAGACCUACACUUAAGAAAUUGUCAAUCGAUUUCGGUGACUCGGCUCCUGAUGAAAGUCAACUAACUGAAGAAGAUGUUUCAGAAGCUUUAAUUCAAUCAGGUGGAGAACUCGAAGAAUUAGUAAUCAUCUGGCCAAAUGUCACUUAUCCAUUCUUAAACCAAGCUGUGAGUGGACUGGGAAAACUUAGACAUCUUACGAUUGGAGGGAUCACAUGUGAUGAUCAAAUGGAUAGAAACUGUCCAGCUAGUUUGAUCAGUAUGACUUUACAUAUCAAUGUUGGAUUUGAUCCUUCAAAGUAUUUUGAGAAGUUUUGGGAUCCUACUUUUAGAAGAUCUAAUUUGAGUAGGUAUUUUAUUGUGACUAGAAAAGAAGAAGGAUUGGGAGAUGGGAUGGGUUGGAAUGAUAUGAUGGUUGGCGAAUGGAAAGAGUGUGCUAGGAAACUUAAACUUACGGGGAUCGUUAUGACGGGUGAUUUCUUUUGA